AUGGACUGGUGUUUGUCGAGUCAAUGGCGGGAUCAUUGUGAUACCCAUCUCCAGUCCUGGAAAGCCCAGCACUGCGAAGUAAUUAUCUAUCGUCAUACCGUCAUCCGUCCCGGCUACUGCCCCUUCUGUUUGUGGGACCCCGAUCUCUCUGCAGAAAAGCGUUUGCGAUACUGGCUGCGAAGUGACAAUCUGAGGGAACACAUUGAGGGGAAGCACUUGGCUAAAAUCGGGCAUUGUCAGACAAAGCCAAUAUGCGGAUGCUCCCAAAGCUUCCACAAUGAGCGUGGCCUCCGACUUCACUUGCACGAUGCGCAUGGGCUCAAGGAAACCAUAUGGCAAAAUCCACAGCUACCCAGUAAGAGAAAGCGCACUUGCAAGUUGGAAGCCCAAAUAUCUUCAACAGGUCGACAAGAGGGACAUUCUAAGAAAGCUCGAUUUUACCAUUACUCACAUCCAAGUCAUGAGCGUGAGGACUGUGUGCCAGAAGAGUCUUCUUUCCCCGUCCCGGCCUUGCUCCCGUCUGUUGAAGGGAAUCUGGAACAAUACUCAGGGCAAAGUAUUUGUGACAAAUAUAGCGUCAGCAAUAGGAGCAACUCAGUGGAACCAUGCUUCUCGGAGUUAGUUUCCUCACCCAGCUCAGGGCCAACAACUCCUGGCCUUGAGGCCAUUGAUCCUCGAAUCCUCGAGCCGCCUAAAUUCAACAGUGAUAAUGCACGCCAAGAUUGUGAUCAAGCUGCCAUCCAGCCGGAAUCACUCAUUUCCCCACAUGAAGAGUGUGAGGCAACUUCCGUCAGUGGCAUAAAACAGCCGCAACAUCCCGCUCUAAGCUUUGCCAGUCAGCCUUCUGGAUACUGUGCUGUCACUGAAGCCAAUGAGGAGAGGAAAAAUUUGCAAGAACAUCUCGCCUCUUUGCCUACUCGUGAUCAAGCUGUUACCGCAGAAUUUGGCUGUGACAGUAAUCUACCUACACGGGAAGAUGGCAAGCAAAAUCUGCCUUGUGGUGACCAAGUCCCUCCCAGCAGCCCUCGCAGACCCCUCACUAGAGCCAAGGCACAAACCCAGUCGCCUCAGCAUUAUCCAGGUGGUCUGGAUGGCUACAACCCCCCCAAGAGGCUUAACGCAAAGAACAAACGGAAGUUGCGCGACCUACAGAGGAAGAAUUUGACCCUGAGACAGAUUGGGCCUCAUUUCGCGGAUGUUGAUAUGGCGUUACUGCGACAGGCAUGGAUGGAAUUGAAGCCUUCUCAGAGAUGCACUAGGUCUCGGGCUAAUUGGAACGGUAACUAA